AUGAUUUGUAAACUUAAAAAUAUCCACAGAUUUGACUCAAACCAUUUUCGUAUCAAUAGUUUAUUUGCCCCGGGUCGUUUUCAAAAGUCAAUUUUAUCUACGAAUUCUGACAUUUGUUCACCAACAAGAUUUUCACGGAGAUUUUUAUCAUCAGAAGCAAAUGCAACCAUCGAACCGAAGACAGGAAGAAGGAGACAAAUUUUUCUUCUCUCAAGUUCAAUUAUAAUCGGUGCGGUCUUAUUUGCCGUGUUAGACCACAAAAGAACCGAAGCCGAAGUAAAAAAACAUGAGAUAUCCAAUUUGACCUUGGAGUUUAAAAGAGGUGGACCGAAGCAAUUACCGAUUGCCUCUCAUUUCACUGAUGAGAAGGAUUUCUCAAUUGGAAAGCCAAGAUUAGUCAUACUUGGCUCCGGGUGGGGUGCUGUUUCGCUCAUUAAAGAGUUGGAGAAAGACAAGUAUCAUGUAACCGUAAUUUCUCCUCAAAACUAUUUUCUAUUCACGCCGUUGCUCCCAUCCGCAACUGUUGGAACGCUUGAGGCUAGGUCUUUGUUGGAACCUAUACGUGGCAUUAUCAAGCAUAUUUGUGCGCAUUAUCUGGAGGCCAGGGCUACGGAUGUCUGUUUCGAUGAAAAGCUAGUUGAAGUUUCAACCGGACCUGAUGGAGAUUCUUUUUAUGUUCCUUAUGAUAAGCUCGUGAUUGCUGUUGGGUCAAAAUCAAUAACUCAUGGAAUUGAAGGCAUCGAGCAUUGUCAUUUCUUAAAAACCAUAAAUGAUGCGCGCGCAAUACGGAAAACGAUUAUGGAUAAUAUAGAGAAAGCUUCUUUACCGACAACUUCGUCCGAAGAAAGAAAACGAUUACUAAGUUUUGUUGUCUGUGGCGGAGGGCCCACUGGUGUCGAAUUUGCUGCUGAAUUGUACGAUUUUUUGACAGAAGACGUGGUCAAAUACCAGUUUCCAACUGUUCUUAGGAAAGAAGUGCAGGUUAGCAUUAUUCAGGGUUCCGACCAUAUCCUGAAUACAUACGAUAAAAAAAUUAGCGAUUUUGCUGAGAAAAAAUUCAAACGCGACAAUAUCAAUGUUAUUACCAACGCUCGCGUGCAAAAAGUCAAAGAAGAUCACAUUAUAUACAAGAAGAAGAAUGAGGACGAAGAGAGAGAGUUAAAAUAUGGACUAUGUUUGUGGUCGACGGGUAUUGCCAUGAGUUCAUUGACGAAAAAGAUAUCCGAGAAAUUACCAGAACAAAAAAACAUGCGCGCACUUGUUACAGACAAUAGGCUACGCUUAAUGGGAAUACCUGAUUCUUCGGUGUACGCAAUAGGAGAUUGCUCAACCGUUAAAAAUCCAAAAUUAGUUGAAAAUUUGAUGAAGUUCUUCACUGAUGCUGAUGUGGAUAACAGUGGGGCUUUGAGUUAUGCCGAAUUUCAGGCCAUGGCUAAAAAAAUUUCUAGAAAAUAUCCGAUAACAGCUGACCAUUUGAAAAAAGCAAAUAUCCUGUUCGCCACUUAUGACAAAAACAAGAGUGGUACGCUCGAACUGGAUGAAUUACAUGCCAUGCUCGAUGACAUUGAUAAGAGGCUCACAUCAUUACCUGCCACUGCACAAGUUGCACACCAACAAGGCAAGUACUUGGCUAAAAAAUUGAACAAGUUGGCACUGGAAAGGUCUACGGCAAUAUUUCCAUCGUCGACAGACUACUCGGUGGACGGUGCAGAAAAGGAGAAUCCUGAUAUGGACGACAGGCUAGAACCCUUUAACUAUGCACAUUUGGGUAGUUUGGCCUAUAUCGGUAAUUCUGCCGUUGCAGAUUUUGGCACAGGAUAUACGUGGACGGGAGGAUGGUCCGCUGUUUAUUUGUGGAGAAGUAUUUAUUUCAGUGAGCAAGUCAGUCUUAGGACCAGAGUAUUAUUAGCCUUGGAUUGGACUAAGGGAUCAAUUUUUGGAAGGGAUAUUUCCAAGUUUUGA